AUGCCUCCCAGAGCACGACGGCGCAAGUCCCCAAGCCCAGCAGCCGACGCAGCGUCUCCGACAGGAUCCACCCAUUCCAGCUCCUCUUUAUCGCCGGUCCGAUCAAACGCUUCGGAAGCCGAAACCGAUGCCGGUGACACGCCGGUUACUGCCCUUGAAGUCGCCGAAGACGAGGACGAGGACGAAGUUGAAGCAGCCGCUGGCGACUCCAUGGAUGUAGGGGGUGACGAGGAGGAGGAGGGCGGUGAGGACGCCACCGAGCAGGCUUCGACUGAGGACGACACGAACGCCGUCGAGGAGGAAGAAGGCGAGGAUGACGAUGAUAACGAGGAAGAGGAGGAAGAAGAGGAAGAGGAGGGCGACGAAGAAGAGGAGGAAGAGGAAGAGGAGGAGGAGGAAGAAGAGGAAGAAGAAGAGGAAGAGGAAGAAGGCGAGGAGGGAGAUGAGGAGGAGGGUGACGACGAGGAAGAAGAAGACGAGGACGACGAGGAGUCGCCAAAGAAGAAGACCAGCGCCCCGUCACUAUCGUCCCCUUCCGGGAUCAAGUUUCGUUACCCACCAGCAGUCGAGGAUAUCACCACCGUCUCCGAACGUGAAAGAGCAUUCAAGGUCGCGCGAUUCGUGGGAUGCACAAUCGACGGGUGCGACUGUUCGGGAUUGGAGCCACCAUCUGGAUCGAAAAUUACCAUUGCUUCGACCUCAGACGAUGUUGACAUGAACGGUGACGACGCCGAAGGGGUGGAUCAGGAAACAAUCUCGUCAUGGCGCACCGAGGAGGGAUGGUGGAAGCGGUGUGGGGAAUGCGGACAUGGUUGGGAGGGUGAUGAUGGACAUGUGUUCGAAGAGGAUGUGCCAGACGCUGAACGACGACGGCGGGAAAAGGUGGUAGGGCGCAUCGAGGAACUACUUCAGGACCAGGAUGCUUUGACCACCUUCCCUACGCCUCACCCUGAGGAGACAGAGUCUCUGUAUCGUCAACUCUCGGAAUUCGUCCGCCCCUCUGGAAAGCGACCAGCCGCACCACUGCCAGCCGCCUUCGACCUGGGCGAGGACUCGACACCAUUCGACGACGAUGGGCGGCAAACGCCCGCGGACGGAGACCACACCGAUGCUGAGGGCGACCGGCCACGCAAACGUUCCAAGCUCGGCGACGACCAGGGAGCAGAGGAGGCCGCGGCAGAUGCCAAUGGGGAGGGUGGCAAACACACAGGGAAGCGACCAGGGAAAGGAGGCCCCGGCGGGCGAUCUGUCAAAACAAGAGGCGGUCCUGCAACCGCAGCAGCGGCGGCUGCGACCGCAGCGGCCGCAGAGGAGGAAGGCGAGGGGGACGAUGACACGCCGCUGGCUGUCACUAGUCGCCCUGAGCUCGACGACAAGGAACGCCAACGCCGAGCCGAGAUCAAAGAGAAGGAACGUUUACGUGAAGAGAAGGUCCAGCGUCGCGGUGCCGAUGAGCAGGCCGUGCAGGAUGAGAAGGACGUCCAGGUUCAGGAGUGGCACGGAAUUGAACUACCUCAACUCCCGUUACGUCCUGCAGCUCUGGAACAGCUCAACUCCGAGAUUAUUCUGCCCGUUGUCACCUCACGAAACCCGAGCCCGGUAGCGUCGAUCCUCCUGAUUGGCCUCAAGAACCUGUUCCAGAAGCAGUUGCCAAAGAUGCCGCGAGAGUACAUCACGCGUCUUGUGUUGGACAAGAACCACAUCUCCAUGCCCAUCGUGAAGCGCGGCUGGAAGGUCGUAGGUGGCAUCUGCUACAGGCCGUUCGAGAGUCGAGGCUUUGCAGAAAUUGUGUUCUGUGCCGUCGACUCCUCGGAACAGGUCAAGGGAUACGGAUCGCAUCUGAUGAACGCACUCAAAGACCACGUCCGCAAAGCCCACCCCACGAUCAACCACUUCCUUACCUAUGCGGACAAUUAUGCUGUGGGCUACUUCAAGAAGCAGGGCUUCUCGAAGGAGAUCACGUACCCGCGCGAGCGCUGGGUCGGAUACAUCAAGGACUACGAGGGAGGAACCAUCAUGCAGUGCUGCAUGCUCCCCAAGGUCAAGUAUUCGGAAGUGCAUCAGAUGCUGUCAGACCAGAAAGCGGCAAUCUUCGCCAAAAUUCGAACGAUUUCUCAAUCACACGUCGUUCGGCCAGGUCUAGAGGUGUUCAAGAAUCGCAAGCCUGGGGAGAGUAUCAAGCUGGAGAAGGAAGAUAUUCCAGGUCUCGCGGAGAGCGGUUGGAACCCUGACUUGGAUGAAAUUGUGGUCACAGACUACUACAAUGUCAUCACCAGCCCUAUGGGAAGGAGCCUCAGUACCACUGCUAUCAUGCCGGUUUACUGGUGUGCAUCUCGGCUUCAGGUGGAGUCGUCUCUCGGUACCUGGGCCUACUCCCACCCGAUUUUGUUUACAUUUGCUGACGUUGAUUCCCUUGUUCCUGGAAACGGUAUCACGAUCGCGCUCCAACCCGCUGCAGACCUGUCGACGAUGGAGUUCAAGCUUGAGAGCAAUCACUACGCGACUGUGGAUGACUUCGUCUCAGAUGCUCGCCUCAUCUUCGCCAACUGUCGACAGUACAACGGUGAGAAGAACCAGUACGCCAACCUGGCGAACAAGCUGGAGAGAGCUUUGGACCGUAUCCUAAAGAAACGCGGACUCGCCGCAUGA